AUGAGUUUUCUUGAAAAGCUGAAGAAACAGAAGCAAAAAUUGAAAGAGACAGAAACAGUAGUGACCAGUGUAGACGGACAAAGACGUGUGGAGAAAGGAGAUGCUAAAACGAUUUCUAGUCUAACUCCAUGUCAUGGGUUUGUGGUUGAUACAAAACCUGACAAUAUUCCCAUAGAGAUUGUAGAUCAUUUGUUCAUAGGCUCGCAAGAUUGUACAGAUAAUAGUGUGUUGGAAGCAAACAAUAUAAGACAUGUGCUUAGUUUAGGAAUAAAUGUAGAUAUAGACAUUAAUCAUAAGUUUGUUGAAUGCUUAGAUCUUCCGGAAACGGAUGUGACAUCAAUUUUGAAGGAAUGCCUGCCAUUUGUUCACGAUGGCGUUAGAAAAAAGGAAAAUGUCUUGGUUCAUUGCAACGCGGGGGUGUCGAGGACCUCCCUGGUAGCGAUAGCGUAUUUGAUGCACUACCACAAUAUGGAGUUUGAGGAUGCGCACGCAGUCGUUAAAGAGAAACGACCGGCCAUACAACCUAACGCGGGAUUCAGAAAGCAAUUGAUGAAUUUCAAACCUGGAAACAUUAUUAAGUAAGGAGUCCACCUUAACAGUGUUUGGGCCUGACUGUGGAUAUUUCAAUGAUGAUAACUGGUGGACUGGGGAACAGUUUUAAUUCCUCAGAAUGAAGUAAAAUACGAAGGAAUAAAAACUAGAUACCAUACCAUAUUACGCACCAUAUUCCAUACCCAAUAUGACUUCAGGCCAAGGGAAAUAUAAUAAUUACCUAUUUAAAAUACAUCGCAAUAAAUUUGUCAGGCCAAUCUUCGCGGACAUCGCGCAGUACUAUAUUUAUCGCGAACAAUUGAUGUGAAGGCUGAAGGUGGGCAAGCGGGUUUUAAAAAGUUUUUUUUUAUUGUACCAGUUUUAAAUAAAACCAAAAUGUUCAUGAA